GAGACAUCUACAGCCUCACCAGUAAUUUUGCGGGUGGAUUCAAGAGGUUAUUACUUGUAUUGGACUUUUCAGAGUAAGGAAAUUGAAUUUAUUGAAUUAACCAGUAUCCGAGAUACAAGAUUUGGAAAAUAUGCCAAAAUCCCAAAGAGCCAGAAAUUACGGGAAGUGUUCAACCUGGACUUUCCUGAAAACAACUUCUUGGCCAAAACUUUGUGCAUGGUCACUGGGCCAGAUAUGGUGGAUCUUACCUUCCAUAACUUUGUAUCCUACAAGGAGAAUGUGGGCAAGGACUGGGCCACUGACAUUCUGGCAAUAGUUAGAAAUCCCCUUCUAAACAAUGCU